AUGUCUGCACCAGUUGUAAUCGAUGCUAAGGGCCAUAUUCAAGGCCGUCUUGCAGCUGCAGUUGCCAAACAACUCCUUAAAGGUCGUAAGGUUGUUGUUGUCCGCUGCGAAGAGAUCGAAUUAAAUGGUCAACACAAAUUCGCUGUUCAUGGUUACGAACGCUUCCUUAACAAGACAACAAACUCAAAUCCACGUGAUGGUCCAUUCCACCAACGUGCUCCACACGAAAUUUUCGCUCGUGCUGUUCGUGGAAUGAUUCCAUACAAAUCACAUCGCGGUGCUGAUGCUUUCUCUAAUCUCCAAUGCUUCGAAGGCAUUCCAUCAAAGUAUGUUUCAUGCAAACGCCUUGUUAUUCCACAAGCUCUUCGCUGCGUCUCAAUUCAUACUGACAGGCCAACAACAAAGCUUGGUCAACUUUCAACAACAAUGGGAUGGAAGUACGGAAAGGUUGUUGCUGAUCUCGAAGAAAAGAGAAAGGCCGAAUCUGCAAAAUAUUACGAUGAAAAGAAGGCUCAACAAGAAAAGAGAGCAUUAGCCCUUGAAAAGGUCAACAAGCAACUUGGUGCUCAGGCUGUCAAGUUCCUUGAAACUUUUUCUGAAUAA